GAACAGAUUUUCGAAAAAAUUAUUUCUGGUAUGUAUUUGGGAGAGAUUGUACGUAGAAUUCUGUGCAAGAUGGCUGAAGAAGCUGCAUUUUUUGGUGAUACUGUUCCGGCAAAACUAAAAAUUCCAUUUAUACUAAGAACUCCUCACAUGUCUGCAAUGCAUCAUGACACAUCUCCGGAUCUCAAAAUUGUUGCGACGAAACUAAAGGAUAUCUUAGAGAUAUCAAACACCUCCCUGAAAAUGAGAAAAGUAAUUGUUGAGCUGUGCGACAUCUUUGCUUCUUGCGGUGCUCGCCUAUCCGCUGCCGGAAUCGUUGGUAUCCUCAAGAAAAUUGGGAGAGACACUGUGAAAGACGGCGAAAAGCAGAAGUCGGUGGUAGCUCUAAAUGGUGGAUUGUAUGAACACUAGACUAAAUUCCGGACCUGCAUGGAGGACACCCUCGUGGAGUUGCUAGGAGAAGAAGUCUCUAGCAAUAUCGUCAUCGAACAUUUCAACGAUGGCUCCGGCAUCGAAGCAGCCAUCCUAUCAGCGUCUCACUCGCAAUACACUGAGGCCGAUGAAUCUUAAAGAUGGCCGAACUUAAGGUAUAUCAAGGAAUCAAACUAUUUUGAUUUCGUAUAUGUUCAGCUUUUGCGAGCUACAAGCUCUUUGCAUCUUCCAUCCCAAGGGUUCGAGCUGCCAAACCCUUAAGUUACGGUCAUUCGGAGUGUGUAUAAUCGGGUAAUGGAUCGAAUUUAAUGAGUGCCUGCUUGUAGCCGGAAGCUUCGUCGCUCAGCUCGAUCCAUUCAUGGUGUUGGAGGACCAACACCACGACACCGAUGUAUAAAUUACUCGUCUGCGGUUUGGAGUUUUUGAUCUUUGCGCAUCGAGAAUAAGAAGUAAUCUUAAAGAUUAUGUGACCAA